AUGACAGUUGAACAUUUUGAUUUUUCCGACCAUUCCCACAGACGUUACAACCCAUUAACUGACUCCUGGGUCCUCGUUUCUCCACACAGAGCUAAGAGACCUUGGUUAGGUCAACAAGAAACUCCAAGUAAGUCUGAUGCGCCAGAAUACGAUCCAAAGUGUUACUUAUGUCCCGGUAAUGAAAGAGCUACAGGUAACAGUACUCCAAACUACGAAUCUACCUUCUUCUUCCAAAAUGACUACCCUGCUGUCAAGACAGUUCAACCAUCUUUGCCAGCUAAUGACAAAACCAAAGAUACAUUAAAGAACAGAUUAUUCCAAACAGAAUCCGUUAGAGGUAAUUGUUUUGUUAUCUGUUUCAGUCCUAAGCACAAUUUGACUUUACCAUUAAUGAAACAGCAGGAUAUUGUCAAGGUUGUUAGCACUUGGCAAACUUUAUAUAACCAAUUGGCUAAAGAAGCAGUUGAAGAAAAGAAACCUUACAAAUACCUACAAAUUUUUGAAAAUAAAGGUACAGCUAUGGGUUGUUCAAAUUUACAUCCUCACGGUCAAGCUUGGUGCUUGGAAAGUGUUCCAAAUGAAGUUGCUAAAGAAUUCAAAUCUUUUGACAAAUAUAAGCAUGAACAUAAUGCUGAUUUAUUAGGCGAUUAUGUUGCUCUAGAAAUGCAAGAAAAGUCUAGAAUCGUUUUUGAAAAUGAUACAUUUUUGGUCGUCGUUCCAUAUUGGGCUGUCUGGCCAUUUGAAACCAUGGUUGUUUCAAAGAAGAAGAUUCCGUCCAUUGUCAAGUUAACAGACAGUGAGAAGCAAGAUUUGGCUCAAAUUAUCAAGGUUUUAACCACCAAAUAUGAUAACUUAUUCCAAACAAGUUUCCCAUAUUCUAUGGGUAUUCACCAAGCACCGCUAAAUGCUACCCAAGAAGAAUUAGACAGAAGUUGGUUACAUUUACAUUUCUACCCACCAUUAUUGAGAUCUGCUACUGUUAGAAAGUUUUUAGUCGGUUUUGAAUUAUUAGGUGAACCUCAAAGAGAUUUAACGGCCGAACAAGCCGCUGAAAGAUUAAGAAACUUAGAUGGUAACACUCACUACACUGAAAAUCUUUGA